UCCCCUCCCCCACUGGCCAAAUAUUUUUUUUUCUUUUUCUUUUGGCCUGGCAUUGUAUAUUUCAUAUUGGCGGCGCAACAUGUCGACUGCAUUCAGAUCAAUUGCUCCGUUUGUACGGACGGCCCGGUAUGGCCUGAAGUCCGGCAGCGUCAACCCUCUCCAGGCUGCGCUCAAGAACAACCGCAGUGCGGCUGGUGUUCUCAACAUCGCCCGUGCAUAUGCCGUUUUUGAGCGAACCAAGCCUCACGUGAAUAUCGGCACUAUUGGCCACGUCGAUCACGGAAAGACUACCCUGUCCGCUGCCAUCACCAAGAGGCAAGCCGAAAAGGGCUUCGCCAACUUCCUCGACUAUGGCUCCAUUGACAAGGCUCCCGAAGAGCGAAAGCGAGGUAUCACCAUCUCUACUGCCCACAUCGAGUACUCAACGGAAAACCGCCACUAUUCCCACGUCGACUGCCCGGGUCACGCCGAUUACAUUAAGAACAUGAUUACUGGUGCUGCCAACAUGGACGGCGCCAUCAUUGUCGUCGCCGCCUCCGAUGGUCAGAUGCCCCAGACCCGUGAGCACUUGCUGCUUGCCCGACAGGUCGGUGUCCAGAAGAUUGUUGUCUUUGUCAACAAGGUUGAUGCCAUCGACGACCCCGAGAUGUUGGAGCUUGUUGAGAUGGAAAUGCGUGAGCUUCUCAGCACCUAUGGCUUUGAGGGAGACGAGACCCCCGUCAUCAUGGGCUCUGCUCUGAUGGCCCUGAACAACCAGAAGCCCGAGAUUGGCCAGACCAAGAUUGAUGAGCUGCUCAAGGCCGUUGACGAGUGGAUUCCCACCCCCGAGCGUGAUCUCGACAAGCCUUUCCUCAUGUCUGUUGAGGAUGUCUUCUCCAUCUCUGGCCGUGGUACUGUCGUUUCUGGCCGUGUUGAGCGUGGUGUCCUCAAGCGUGAUGAGGAAGUCGAGCUUGUCGGCAAGGGAAUUGACCCCAUCAAGACCAAGGUCACUGAUAUCGAGACCUUCAAGAAGUCUUGCGAGCAGUCCCAGGCUGGUGACAACUCUGGUCUCCUGAUCCGUGGUAUCCGUCGUGAGGACGUCAGGCGUGGUAUGGUCGUCUGCAAGCCCGGCACCGUCAAGUCUCACAAGCAGUUCCUUGCUUCCCUCUACGUCCUUACCAAGGAGGAGGGUGGUCGCCACACUGGUUUCCACGAGCACUACCGACCUCAGAUGUACCUGCGUACAUCUGAUGAGUCCGUCGAUCUGACUUUCCCCGAGGGUACCGCUGAUGCUUCUGGCAAGAUGGUCAUGCCCGGUGACAACGUCGAGAUGGUUAUCACCCUGACCAACCCCAAUGCCAUUGAGGCUGGUCAGCGAUUCAACAUCCGUGAGGGCGGCAGGACUGUGGCCACUGGUCUGGUCACCCGCAUCCUUCAGUAAAUACAACUAACGACUUGACAACCCUGGAACAGCGUGGAGUUGUUGGAAUGAAUAAAAAACAAAAUGGACAAAAAUCGUCGGGAAACUGGGAGACGACAAAAUUGGCGCAAUGCUUCGGCCAUAUCUCUCAAAUCUGAGCCACACGUGCUCGUGUAUAGUUGUAGGGGAAGCGGAUAUACAAAAAAUCUCCACUACGCUUCUUCCUUAAUGUCUUCAUAUAUCAAUGUACUUUAGACGGAUGGUGGAGGCAGGAAUAGAUGUGCAAAAAUACAAAAGCUUAUGAUUUA